CUCCCCUGUAAGACGUCAUGGCCGUUCUUCAAGGGCUUUCGGGUGCUCAUGCGAUUCUCCUAGCCACCCAUCUCUGUGCCACCGGCGAUGUGGUCGCUCUUCCGCUGUUGCAGGCCCAAUUCCCUGCCCAUCUCCCGCUCGAGCGUCUCUUGCGCAUCAUCUUGACUUUCCUGCCCGAGAGUGCGGACCCCAGUACCUACACCCCAGUGCUGCAAGCGCUGGUCGAUGGGCGACAGUUGGAGACGGAUGGUGAUGGUAUCAAUAAUGCGUUCGUUAAAGACCUACCAGAGCCGAUCGUGAGGAAACGUGUACGGGAGAUCCGUUUACUACCACUACAGCAUCCAGAUGACCAGGACACCCAAGAUCCGGCUGAUCUUCUGACCCAAUUCCUGAUCCACCGGGCCCAUCGCAUCGACUCGGAAACCGCUCUUCAGCCCCUCGUCCUCGACCUUCUCCUGCCCUUCUACCAUCGCUCGGAAGCGUUACGCACAUGGUUGAUUUCCAGUCUCCUACCGCUACUCCGAUUGAACUACGAAUAUUACCCCAGCCAGGACGAAACCUUUUCGCUGGACAUUCUGGAGUCUAUGGACAACAGUAUUGCCGUCAAUGUCCUUCUUUCGAUGACCGGUGCGACGAAGAGCAAUAUGGACCUGGUACGGAACCUACGUGGCUUGGUGGGUGCUUGGAUGCAUGGCAGCAAUCGUUCCAAGAGACGGAGACUUAACGAAGCGGCACAAGAAAACUCGAUUACUCUACCUCAAGAUGAAGCGCAAUCGAAAACAACUGCAGGUAUUGGAUGGCAGCAGGUGAACGAGUGGUUGCUGGCACGAAGUCUGGUUGAUCACGAGAGUGCGGUGAACGCUUUCGUCAACUGGGAUGGUCCUGAGGAUGUCGACCUAGGCGGUUACGCUGAAGAGAAUAAGGGCCUAUCACACGAUGAGCUCCAGGAUCUGCGCACUCGGUAUGGGCAGACUGGACUUGCUGUUGUGUAUGCGAAUGCCGAUCCCAGCUCCCCUGCGCUGGAGGGCUCCAUCCGCGUUCUGGCGCGCAUCGCAGAGUUAUUAAAGCUGGAGGAAAACCUGUUCCUCUCACCAGAUAUCUCGGAACUUCCGAAAGUAAAAUUCGAUCCAGAACCUAUGUCGUCGACCUCAAGAGUGUCUUUCUUGCAAAAUGCUUUGCUGGUGGCUUCAAACCCGCUAACGCGUCCCUCUGCCUCAUCAAUAUCUUUCCUCAGCGCUAUCUGCCUUUCUCUUCGGAUAUUGAACGAGCUGGGUCAUCCUACUCCGUGCAAGACGGCCGCAAAUAUCUGCCUUCUCAAUAACGAAGAGACACAACUGCAUGAGUUGCGCAGUGUAAUAACCUCUGUCGUGAGACAAGCCAAGGCUGGUCGUGACUGGAGCAAGACCCGCCAACAACUACUUUGGCUGCGAGACUGGCAGGGAGAUCACACCGAGGAUUCAGCGGAUGAUCACGUUCGACAUGGUCUCUUCUGGAGAGUUCCCAGGAAUAUCGUUGAGGCCGAAAUCUUGAAGGCGUUGCUCGAAGUCAGAGAAUACAACCUCGCCGUAAACAUUUACAUGGGUUCUGGUUCAACUUUAAGCUCUACGCUGGUUGAGGAGGCCGUCAAGGAGGCCAUAUUCACAGCCUACGACAAUGCAAGCAACGGAAACAGGAGCCGGGGCGGGAUGAAGAGGGCAUACGACAUCCUCCAAGCCUUCCAACCCCAUUUCCCGGAUUCCGCCUCAUUCAAGCAGAUCCGAGCUCUCAUAUCGGCCACGCACGCCCUGUCCUUCUACUCCCUUACCUUGCAGCACGGCGUCCCCUUCCAGCCAGUCAGCAUCCGUGUCCACCCUGAUCCUCUCUCCCUGAUCGAGAAAGUUCUCGACCAGAACCCCAAGAGCUACACAAAACUGGACGACCUGCUAGCCAUUGGCCGGAACCUUGUUUCAGCAGGCGUUUCCUCUCGGCUAACUGACGAGCACGACUCCCCCUUCUUGCCCCCUCCCUCACAGGAAGAUGCCACCAUCACCGCCGAGCGCCGGAUCAUGUCUCUGGCCAUCUCUUCCGCCCUUUCCUGCCACGACUUUGGCACUGCCUACUCCUACAUUCUCACCCGUCUCACUCCCCCAUCCCUUCUCCCCACAUCCUCCCCCCUCACCAAUCCCACCCCUCCCAAAGACGACAUCACCUGGCGAGCCGUCUACAACGCCGGUCGUUACCGCGCCCCAGCCACCACCGCCACUCCAAGCAACCAAACUCAAAUCUCCCACCUUUCCCAGCGCAUGGAACUCCUCUCCCUCGCCCUCGUUCUUGCCCCCUCCCCCGAACCGCUCCCUGAAAUCCUAGGCGCUUGGCGCCGCUGCGAUGAGGAGCUCGCGGCCCUCCGCGCGCGCGAAUCCGAGGAAGAGGAUCUUUGGGACGCCAAAGCGGACAACCUCACGUCCACCACUCUACCCGGCGGCUUCGGUCCCACAGACAGCGAACGGGAUGCGUUCGAAACACAACAACACCAGGCACGACGAGCACGGGCACACGCCUCCCAGAACCGUCUGAAUCACGAAGAAGCCCCGAUGGGUCUUUUCGAAGUUGCGCGUGGUGCCGCUCUCGCUCUACAAAAGAACGCCUUCCCGCUCCGCUCCGCUCCAACAACAACAAAGACCAUCCCCGACGACCACUCUGUUCCCUCAUCUCACAUGCGCAGCGACUCCGCCCUUUCUGAUGACCAAAACGGCGAAGGACGUGUCCGCAAGCGAGAUGUGGUCAGCAACAUGGUAACCGACGGAUUAGUCAGUGGGCUUGGCUGGGUCCUAGGCGCUCAGCCGGUUAAUCGGUGAUGUCGAAGCCAUUCAGCACGAAGUUCGUUUCAGGAAACAACUUUUCCCAUCUAGCCGGGUUAGCGGGUUACGAAGUAUGACAUGAGUUACUUACUUCCGGAUUGCAACAUUGCGCGGUCGUUUUCCCUUUUCUCCAGUUUCUUUUCCCUACCAUUAUACAUAUUUCAUAGCUUGCAUGAAAGUGACAGGUUGCAUUGCAUAGUAAUGAAUGAAUAUAUAUAUUAAC